CCUAUUCGAUACUAUCGAACAGAGUCUAUACCAUUGCUGCCCGAGUUUGCCCUCAAUUAAAAAUAAAAUUACAAAAUUUCACUGUUUCCAUUCGUAAAACGCAGCGCAUCACCCAGGCGUUCAAAUUCACAACCAACACAAGUUGUAGUAUCGUUGUGAACCAUGUCAACACCCGCUCGCAGACGUCUUAUGAGAGAUUUUAAAAGACUUCAGGAGGAUCCACCUACGGGUGUCUCGGGUGCCCCAACAGAUAAUAAUAUUAUGAUAUGGAAUGCUGUGAUUUUUGGUCCACACGAUACACCAUUCGAGGACGGAACCUUUAAGUUAACCAUAGAAUUUACGGAAGAGUAUCCAAACAAACCGCCAACAGUUCGAUUUGUAUCGAAAGUAUUUCAUCCCAAUGUGUACGCAGAUGGUGGAAUAUGCUUGGACAUAUUGCAGAACCGCUGGAGUCCCACAUACGAUGUUUCAGCCAUACUAACAUCCAUACAGUCACUGCUGAGCGAUCCCAAUCCCAACUCACCGGCUAACUCCACCGCCGCCCAGCUGUAUAAAGAAAAUCGCCGCGAGUACGAGAAGCGUGUGAAAGCCUGCGUGGAGCAGAGUUUCAUCGAUUAGCCAUGCGCCCACUCUAGGAACAGAAGCAGCAUCAGAAGCAUCAGAAGCAGGAGCCACAACAGGAGCAGCAGCAGAUUUGAGGGCGGCUGCGGUUUAAAACAUCAGCAAACUACAGCAACAAAAAUAUGCAAUACCAUAAAGAAGUUUAAAUUAAAUAAUAACAGAAAUAUUUAUGAUAAUUGUAAUGCUAUGAAAUUGUAACAGCGCCAACGGCACGGCACAGCAGCAUAUAUACACCCUCAACCGCUCACCGCUCACACACCUGCGCACACCACCCGAAGCCUAUAAACACUGGGCAGUUAUAAGUUAUAUUUGUUUGGCCGAUAGUUCCACCUUGUCCUUAACCCGAUCCCGAAAUCAGACGCAGAUCACUGAAAAAUACCCGAAAAUCCAAUGUAGCAGCAGCGGCUAGUUAAGCCGACAGCCAGAUAUAAGACUCUCAUAAGCUAACAACUCAAAUGUUAUAAUUCAAAUAGCAGCGGCAGAAAAUUAACAAUAAUAAUAAAAAAAACUAUAAAACCAUGUCAAACAAUUGCAAAACCCAAAUAGUUUCAUUUUAGAUGUGCGCAAAGCCAGUCUUGUAAAACUAAACUAAUUCUGCAACUAAACCAAAAUCUAACCAGAAAUUAAUAUAUGUAGUAGUUCGUGUCGUAGUAAACGCCCCACAGUUAAUUUGCAAUUUUUAAGCUACAUUGUAGUCCAGUGUCAUUAAUGAUAUCUACCGAAAGCCCACAUACACAUACACAUGCUACCUAGAUCGAUUCAUAAGUUUAUUGGCUACAAAUUGAGAAUUAAAUGUUAGUUGUUAGCAAUGUAAACCAAUCCACAUGGUACGUGAGAACAAGUCUCCAAUUUGGGAAUGAGCAGGCAAUUAUAAACGUAUACCUCUGUAGCAUCCAGUGACCAAUGCGCUAUGUAUUUUGCACGAUUACUUCGUUGCCAGACCCACAACCCACACACUAUCUGCAAGAUCUUGUCCUUGAUCUGAUUCAAGUUAAUACCCUAAUUUGGUGUGUUACCAUGGCCCUCACAAUGUGCGGGAUCUUUCUUUAGUGUAUGGUUGGAUGGAAACACCUCAUAAACUGCCAUUUGCCACGCUAUGUACUCUCUAGGUUCCACUGUGUCUUGGCUGCGGCAAUUGAUUUAGUUAGUUUUUAAGCGUUUACAAUCGAGUCUUAAUCUUGUUUUUUGUUGAAUGCGAAUUGCUGUUCCUUUUGCUAUGAACCCUCCACUUUUGGCACUUUGUGUUGAACGGAUCGCGAAGUGGAAGAUGCGAUGAUGAUGCUCUGAGCAUCAUGUUAAUCUUAUAUAUGAAAGACCUACCAUGUAGCAGCCUAUUGUUUAUUAAUUAUGAACCAACUAAAGCUGAGGAUGCAAGUAGUCCCAACUCAAAUCACAGUAAAAGUAAAGCAAAGGAUAAGGAUUAAGGCAAACCAUUCGAAUAAUGUGGAAUUUCAAAUUACCUUACUGUAAUUACCAUUAUUAUUAUUAAUAAAGUUUAAGAUUUCAAAUAUCAAUAAAUGAAAAUAACACAACUUCGCCAAGUCAA